UUGUCAGUGAAGCGGCCGCUCAGAGGUAAUGAUGGCGUCUUCUACUGCUUGUUGCUCAGCACGCUGGUUCACAGUGGCCGUGUUCUCAUGUCAUCGGCGGAGUUGUUCCGCUCUUACCUUAUGUCCCAAUGGAAGCAGUCGACCUGUCUCCAAAUUCGGGAUUCGAAGGUUCUGGGCCGGAGGUGGCACGAUGCUCGGAGGAGCGCAGAAAGCCGUGACAUUGAGAGGGCUUUCAGUUGGGAGUUCUCUUCAUGUCAUUUCCAAGCUGUCUUUCCACACUAGUGCUCCUGCCAGUAAUAAACAGGACUUCUACCAGAUCCUUGGUGUGCCACGCACAGCUUCCCAAAAAGAAAUUAAGAAAGCCUAUUACCAAAUGGCAAAGAAGUAUCAUCCAGACACAAACAAAGAUGACCCUCAGGCCAAAGAGAAGUUUGCACAGCUGGCUGAAGCCUAUGAGGUUCUCAUUGAUGAAGUGAAGAGGAGGCAAUAUGACACAUAUGGGUCAGCAGGGUUUGAGGCAGGCCAGGCAGGAGCUGGAGCCGGUCAGCAUUACUGGAGUGGAGGGGCCAGUGUGGACCCAGAAGAGCUCUUUCGCAAAAUCUUUGGGGAGUUUUCUGGUGGUCAAGGCUUUGGGGACUUCAGCAGCAUCUUUGGUCAGCCUCAGGAGUUUGUCAUGGAGCUGACUUUCACCCAGGCUGCCAAAGGUGUGAAUAAGGAAAUUACAGUCAACAUUGAUGGCACCUGCCAGCGUUGUGAUGGGAAAGGCCAUGAGCCUGGCUCCAAGAUCCAGCACUGCCACCAGUGCAAUGGGACUGGAAUGGAGACCGUGAACACGGGACCCUUUGUAAUGCGCUCUACCUGCCGCCGGUGUGGUGGCCGCGGCUCAGUAAUCACCUCACCCUGUGUGGCAUGUCGUGGGACAGGCCAGACCAAGCAGAGACGCACUGUUGUGGUACCUGUGCCUGCUGGUAUUGAGGAUGGACAGACUGUUAGGAUGCCAGUGGGAAAUAAAGAAAUCUUCAUUACGUUUAGGGUCCAGAAAAGUCCUGUGUUUAGGAGAGAAGGGGCAGAUAUCCAUUCAGAUGUUUCAAUCUCUGUGGCUCAGGCUAUGCUGGGAGGGACAGUCAGAGCACAAGGACUCUAUGAAACUAUCAACCUUGCUAUCCCAGCUGGUGUUCAGGCAGACCAGAGAAUUAGGCUUUCUGGAAAGGGAAUACCACGAGUCAGUGGCUAUGGUUAUGGGGAUCAUUACAUCCACGUUAAGAUUCGAGUCCCCAAAAUGCUGACUGAUAGACAGCGUGCCCUUAUUAUGAGCUAUGCAGAAGAUGAAUCAGAUGUGGAAGGGACUGUUAAUGGUGUUACCACUACUACUACAGGUAAAAGAUAUACAGGAAACUAGGAGAACAGGAGACCAAGUGUACUUGGUGAAGAGGAUCCAGGACAGUUGCAACAGAAUGGCUAAUCAAGAGAGUGUGUGGUGAGGCUGGCUACCACAUUGACCUCAUGAUUUUUCCCAGCCAUAGAUAGCACAGCAGGUGUGUGUACACUGUUUAAUGACAGGACUGUUGGCUUCUCAGACCCCUGGGAGAGGAUGAUGUUAUAAAAGGCCUAUAAAAGUUAUAGUAACCUUUAUCUGACUAGCUAGAUAUGCAGUAUCUUCUAGUCUGCAGUAAUUGUGAAACGAUUUCAGCUGGCCUCUUGAGAAAUUCUUGGAACCCUUAAACAAGAAAUAUCUCAUAAAUGACCUGGCUUCAUGCUGAAUUAAUAGUUUCUUUUAAAAUGAUUUUGUUCAUUGUGUGCCCUGUUAAUAGAACCUUCGUUUUAAAAAAAUAUGUACUUGUCCUUUUUCCCCUAACAAAAUGUGCCAAUUCUAGACAAUGUUUUCAUCUAUACUCCCAACAUGUCUUGGACAAAGAGUGCAUGGUGGCCGCCGGGUUGUAUUCAGGUGUAACAAUACUAAAUUUCCAUAAAGAGAUUCUGUAUGUUUAAGUUCCUGAGAGUGCCCUGUCAUUUUCAGACCUCAGAUCAUACUGAAAAGAAGGUGGAAUAACCUCCAUUCUGCCUCACAAGCUCUGUAAAAUAGCAGUCAUUAUUUAAAGCUUUCAGUGUGUCACUGUUUAGAUAUCAGUGAUAAAAUUCAACAUGUAUGGCAGGUGUAUAUUAAUACUGUUUCAGAAAAAUUUGCAGAUUUAGAAUAAAACAGGAACACAGAGUAGCAUUGAUUCAGUUAAAUCAUGAUUUUAUUCUUCACAAACUCAACUCUUGGUAGUUAAAAUGAAGUUUUGGAAGGACAUGCCUAAAAUUACAUGUUUUAUUAGUAGAGACCCUUGUCAGCAAUAACAGUUACUUAUCCGGCUAUUAAUGUUAACUGUUCCAUUACGUUGUGGUCUUCAUUACAAUGUCAGUGCAAUAUGUAGGAAUGAAUUAAAGAACAACUGGUCUAUUGCUUCUGGAAGCUGCUGUCAGCAUGUCGCCCUGUGUUGUAAUAAAACUAUGUGGAUGUUUGA